CGACAGCUUUUUAACAAUAAUUUUGUUUCAAAGUCUGAUGAGUCUGAUACAACAAAGGACUUAUCUGGCUGCUAUAAUGCUGUCACAAAGUUCAAGUUGCAUAUACAUAUAGGUAUGUCGGUAACUUUGCUGCCUAUAUAUAUGUAAAAUUGCGAAUGCUGUGCUCGUAAAGUGUUAUAUUAAUAAACGUUGAAACAUCAGAAUUUUUAGAUUUUAUCAUUUUGUUAAACAUAAUUAAUUAAAAUGAAUAAAAUAAAGUUACUGGGAACUCAAAAUUUAUCCAUGGUAUUUAACAUAGUCACUCGAAAUAUUGCUGCCCUUUCCAUGUUACCAGAGGAACACAGAAUGCUUCAAAAAACAUGCAAAGAUUUUGCAGAAGGAGAAUUGAAGCCAAUAGCUGCAGAAAUUGAUAAAAAACAUCUUUACCCGAAAGACCAAAUACAAAAAAUGGGAGAAUUAGGAUUAAUGAGCAUAGCAGUACCUGAAAAUUUAGGUGGUACUGGACUUGAUUAUUUGGCUUAUGCUGUUGCACUGGAAGAAAUAUCUAAGGCUUGUGCCAGUACAGGAGUUAUAAUGAGUGUAAAUAAUUCUCUCUAUUUGGGACCAAUAGAAAAAUUUGGCAAUAAAUAUCACAAAGAAAAAUAUAUAACUCCUUUUACAACUGGUACAAAAAUUGGAUGUUUUGCCCUCAGUGAACCUGGUAAUGGCAGUGAUGCAGGUGCUGCUUCUACUACUGCUGAGAAAAAUGGAGCUAAUUAUGUAAUUAAUGGUACAAAAUCAUGGAUAACAAAUGGAUAUGAAUCAGAUGCAGCUGUUUUAUUUGCCACAACAGAUAAGACAAAAAAGCAUAAAGGUAUAAGUGCUUUUAUUGUUGAUAAGCCAAAAGAAGGUCUUUCUCUUGGUAAAAAGGAAGAUAAAUUGGGUAUUCGCGGUAGCAGCACCUGUUCUUUAAUCUUUGAAAACUAUGAAGUAUCACCUGAAAAUUUGUUAGGAGAAGCAGGAAUGGGUUUUAAAAUUGCAAUGAUGACUUUAGAUUCUGGUAGAAUCGGUAUUGCCGCUCAGGCACUAGGUAUAGCUCAAGCAUCCCUUGAUUGUGCAAUAGAAUAUGCAUCACAACGACAAGCAUUUGGCAAUCCUAUUAUCAAGCUACAGACAAUUCAACAAAAAAUUGCUGACAUGGCAUUAAAAGUAGAAAGUUCAAGAUUAUUGACAUGGCGUGCAGCUGUACUUAAGGACAAUGGCGAACCAUAUACAAAAGAAGCCGCUAUGGCGAAGUUGUCAGCAUCUGAGGCAGCUACCUUUUGUAGUCAUCAAUGUAUACAAAUUUUAGGUGGUAUGGGUUACGUUACUGAUAUGCCCGCAGAACGUCAUUAUAGAGAUGCGCGUAUAACUGAAAUUUACGAGGGCACUUCGGAGAUACAAAGACUGGUUAUAGCUGGAAAUGUUAUUAAAGAAUACAAUUUAAAUUGAAACUGUUAAAUGUUUCGGAUAAAUUGUUUUUACGCAAGCAAAUAUUUUGGAUAUUCCCUUCUCUUUUUAUAUGCAACAUAUAUAUGUAUUUUUUCAUUAUACGAGAAAGAAGUCAAUAAAUUUUAUACAUUAUGA